AUGUUCAAGGAUAUUGAGAAAAAAAGGAAAAGAACCAGGGCGGAUGAAGUUCCAGAAGGAGAGAAGAAAGGUGUCAUCAUUUGUCGUUAUUGUCCUCAAUCUUUUAUACGAAGAAAUUGUUAUCAAAAUUAUUUAACAAAACAUAAAGGUAUAGUUUAUGCGGAAGAAAAUCAACUUCAAAUGCUUUUGAAAGAAACUAGAGUCUUGACAAACACUCAGUUUGUAAGAGAACGAACACCUCUAUCUAGUAUCUUUUAUAGCAACACUAAUGAAGCCGAUGGAAAUCAUAGAACUAGUGAAACUAGUAAUUAUAAAAAUGAAACUAGUGAAAUUAAUCUUGAACAUGUUUAA